AUGACAGUGUCACAGCCGCACAAGCCUUGGCAUUCUCCAUCCAAGACAGGUUGGAUCCAAGAGCUAUUGACUAACAGUGAUAUGAUUGAGAAAGACGACAUUGGUCAAGUGCCAGAUGUGUUCUUGGUUGCCAUGGCGCAACUAGUCCGUGUGAUAACAACAACAACAACAACAACAUCGUCCAACAGCAGUAGCGGCCACAACCAGACGACGGUGGGUUUGUGCUGCAGUCAUUGUCACGAGGACUUUACCCAUCAACUACAGCAACGCCAACCACAAGCCAUUCAGCGUGGCAUGAUGGCAAUGGUCCAUCAUUUUACUGGACCAGUCUACUGUCACGCUUGUCCUUCCUGGAUCCGCGAAGCCUUGGAGACCUUGGAGGCACGAAACAAGAACAACAAUCAUAAUCGGCACUUGACGGAACGAUUCUGCAACCUCUUCUUUGGAAAAUUCAGAAAGAAACUACAGCAGAAAAGCACAGCAUUGCUACUCUCUUCUCGUCAUGAUGAUGUGGACAAGACUCUCAUUAAGAGUAGCCUCGGCAAGGGCGAGAGCAGGAACAAUAACCAGAACAAUGACAAUCAACAGCGGCAUGACAGUGUUGGGGUUAUCAGGACCAAUUCUGAGAAUGAUAAUCAUCGCAACAAUGGAGGCGACAUAAACAAGAUGACCAAGCCAACUGAGUCCAUCACAGCAGAGGCAGCACACGCCAAGAGUCCCGUCAUGUCGACCUGGCCAGCCGCAACAAACAUUUUCCCGCGGCAGACGGAGAAUGGCGGCACUUGUCGUCGGGCAUUAUUUAGCACUCCACAGAAGCGGAAACCCAACCUGAUUACUCCAGAGUUGCCCGCAAAGAAAGCAGCUGUGGAGGAGGUUAUUGUGAAUGAUAACGGAUCAAGCAAGGACGAUACACACGAGUUGUUUCCCGCCGUCCAACCCCCACCACUCUUGGGGCCUCACCAUCAAUCCCCUCUAGCAGUUACCAACCAGAUCAAGGGGGCGCACAGUAGUAGCACUUUGAAAAAGAAGAACAGAUCCCCGAGCUUUGCCGACUGGAAGAAAAGCCGAGCCAAGUACAGCCUGGAGGAGCGUUCCAAAAAGCGCAGCAUCGCUGUCGGGCCAACUGCUGCCAAGGCCAAGAGAAACCCUUGUAUUGUCGGUCAUGAUGUCGGGAUGGAAGAGGUUAAAGAGCAGAGUACCAAUGCUAUCGAGCACACUGUGGGCGGGUUUCGGAUCACGAUCGCAACGGCUAACCACCUAUCCAAAACAAAUGACAUUCAGGCGGACAAGGGAGCCAAGAGGGUGACAAUCGCUCCACUGGAGAGCGGUACCGCGACAACGCAUCCAACUGAGAGCUUUGAGGGCGGAAAGGACUUUUUCCCACCAGACAUGACCAUGGACAACAAGGAUAGCGACGUUGCCAACCAGUCAGUAACACGUGCUGACUCCCAUUCCAACUCCCAAGCAAACGCCAACGAAGACCAACGGGAGGACCGACACAUGAGCGAGCAAAGCAGUCCCAACAAACAAGAAGACCAAGAGCCAUCCGAGGACGGGACACUCUACAGCACCGGUUGUCUGGGGACAGCAGAAGAGACAAGGCGUGACCAUUCCGAAGCGCGGGCUGUGACGAGUCCGGCUCUGGACCACCAGCCCUGUAAUGCUUCCAACGGCAAAGAUAGCUUGAUGAAGGACGACACCAUGAACCAUCGAGUAAGUCAUCUGGAAGCCAUGGAUGCCAAUGCUGCGAAUGGCGGAGGGGAGCAUGAGGCUGCCCUCGCCAUACAUGGACGGAGGCUCCGCCAAGAUGCCGCGCUUGAGCAAAUCAGCAACCGAGUUGACAAGCCAGACGCGUCCUGGCUCGAUCACUACUGCGCCUUGCUGAUCUACCACAGGGAGUUUGAAACGUUCACAGUAAAAAGCGACCACAGUCAGCGUCUCAACCUGUGGGCUUGGGAGCAACGAGCCAACAAGUCAGAGCUAUCGGGCCUCUAUCGUGCCACGUUGCAGUCCAUCGGCUUCUUCAAAGGCUACGACACGGACGAAGCGGAAGCCCUCUCAGGUACAAUCUACAAGAUUCAGAAGAAGUUGGGAGAAAAGGCACCGACAUCUGAAGCGGUUGCGACGUUGGAGCCAGGGGAGAUCGCAGAGGAAAUACCAACUCAGUCGGAGCCCAUUGUGCUCCAUGAGACGAAGGAGAAGUCACCAGCAGAAGUCCAACAAGAACCGACCCCGAAGAAACUGAAAGUGGUAAAUCAGCCAGCAAAAAUAUCAAAAGGCAAUCGUUCAAAACCAGCCGCGCCAAAGAAGCCCCACGCAGUCGUUGCGAACCCAUCAGAACAAGUACCGAAGCAAAAACCUGCACCACUCGACGCUUCAGGGGACGUUCAAACACGAACAUGCCCGCAACAGGAAUCACAGCACAAGGUAGCACGGACUACCGGGACGAACAAGAUCGUGCAGUAUCGGCCUCAAUCCCAGCCAUUGAGGCAGCAACAGCCAGCAUUUCUUCAGGCGGCGGCACCAUAUUUGUGGGCGCCAAUGAUGCAGCCUCAAACAACGCCUUUUCAUCAAUUGAUGACGUCAACGGGAACAUCCACGAUGGACCUGCCCCUACCAAUGUCGCGGCCUCUGCCGGUACCACCACUACCACAAAUACCCAUGACGCAAGCUCCACCAGCAAGGAUGCACUUGCCAACACCAAUGAUGCAGCCUCAAGUAAAUGCUGCGCCUCAGCAACGUGACCGCAUGUUGGCAGCUGUGUUGCAACCACCUGCACCUCUACCGGUACUACGUCCCUCAAUGCCAAGACAGAAGACACAGGGACAACAAGACUUAGAAGAGCUGGAAGGGCGUCGAAAUCAGAAACACCAACAGAGACAGUCAACGUUAGAGGUUGGAACGCCGACGAUUGUGCAGAAAACAGCUCAGACCAGUGAUACGACGGCAGCCGAAAUCGAGCGCAAAUUCGGCAAGGCCGUAGCGCAAGCAAUCAGCCAAGGAACUCUUCUAUAUGACGAAGCAAAACGGCUUUUGUCGCUCGGUGUUCGGUGGACCGAACCCGAAACAAGCUGGAACGAUAACUAUUUGGAGGUGCUUAGCAUUCGAAGUGCUGUCGAGAACCAGCUGGCUAAAAAACAAGCCGUACAGCUUCCCGAGUCAGUGUUUGGUAAAGCCUGGAAUUGGAUGACUGUGAACGCUCACUUGGGCGAAAAGAACCUGCUCUCCCCUGAACGACGAGAAAAGAUCCGCAUAGCAUGGUCAAUGCUAUCGGAACUUCGCAACAAGGUCCAACACAAACGUCCUCUUCGUCCUUUGCUUCCAGUGCCGGCUCAAGUUGUCAAACCAACUACACGCGCCGCCUCGGCUACAACCUUAGAAACCCACGGUCAUACAAAACCGUUUGCAACGGGAAAGCGCCAGAACAGCGACGAGGGCAACGUGAUAAGACCCCCUGCUUUGAAUACGGGGAGAAACAGCACAGACCUACGAGACGAUGGAAUCUGUGCCCCAAAAUCCAAGCAGCGCCGAUUAGAACCAGGGAUAGCGUGUCUCACCCCCUAUCAAAUGGCCCUAGCCGUGGAGGGCAAGCUCCCUUAUGAUGUGGCUAAACACCUCAUCGAACAAGGUGGGCGGUGGAAGGAGACCGAUCAAGCCUGGCAACGCAACUUUGAUUCGUGUGUGAAGCUGUGCACCCUACUCGACGACGUUGCAAGAAACGGCGAACAAAUGGAAGAAAGGUUCCCCGCAUCGAUUUUCAACGAGUGGUUUAGUUGGAUGAAGGUACAGCAACUCCUGCAAACGGCAGAUCUCCUCUGCCCAAAGCGCUGUAAGAAGGUAGUCACUGUCUUCAACAAAAUCCGGUUUGCAUUACAACAAUUUCACUCCACCGCCGAACGGGCAACAACGAACGCAGCGACAACCAACCCGACUCUAGAGGCAGCACCUGUGGCAGAGUCAACCCCGCUCCCAGAGAAACCAACAGGGACCAUCUCACAACGUCAAGACAAGAAACCAGCACCCUUUGCAGAUUCUAGUCACGCCCUUGCCGCUCAUGCCGUCCGUCGUGCCUCCUCGACCGUCGCUUCUGCUUCUGUCAUGGAAACCGCUUCUCAAGUUGCCGCUGAAAAAGAUGACCAGCUUGACAAAGAAGAUCAGAUGGGAGACGAAGAGUACUUCAAGGCCUUUGCUCUCAAGGAAGGAAAGUCCGAAGACGAGAGCUUCCCCCACAAGCUCUACCGCAUGCUCUAUGAAGCUGAGCAGGAUGGUCAUGCCAGGAUUGUCUCCUUCCUACCUUCAGGAUGCAGCUUUACCAUCCACAAUCCCAAGGAAUUCGUCUGCUCCAUCAUGCCUCGGUACUUCACCACUCGUCGCGUCGACUCCUUUCUACGUCAGUUGCAUCUGUACGGCUUUCGCCGCAUUCCGAAAGGCAAGGAGAAGGGCGCCUACUUUCACAAGGACUUUGUCACGGGCAAACGCUAUCGCAUCCAAGGAAUCAAGCGAAAGUCCGUGUCCACAGCUUCUCCUGAUUCCGGUCAGAAGCCAAAGCAAUACAGCGUUAUGGAUCACACGGAACCAUCCAAUGCAAAGGAGAAGAAGUACAUUGACAAACACGGCGCAGCAAGCAUUUGCUGUCCUAGCCUUCCGGGUCGAAAGCAAGACAGUGUUGCGGACGCGGUCUAUGCAACGGAGAGCAAUGAUAUCAGCACAGUUGAAACUGGUCCCAAGGCCGCCCCGCCCGAACCAGUGAAGAAAAAAAUUGCUGGCAGCAAGCGGAAGCGAAUCAUUGAUAAUCAACAAGAUCGACGUGCAUCCAAGGACGAGCCACGAGAAAAGGCGCCCUGCACCAGCGGACAACCACAGGUGGAUGCACCCAAAACCAAACGCCAAGAGAAGAGCAGCAACUCGGACGAAGCCGCAGCAAGUGCCAAAGAGGAUGAUUCUUCCACCAAGGAAACCAAGAGAACCCUCGAAAGCUGGAGAGACCAUGUCCUCGUUCUCGUUGAUCGCAUCGACUUUUCCGAUGAUGAGGACGAGCAAAAGGACACUGAAGAACUGGGCACAGCAGCUGAACCUGAGGAAGAUGACGAGGAAUGGCAACGUAGAGCCGAUGCCGACAUUGCAGACUUUCGUUGGAUGAGACGACGGGAACUUCUUUACCGCCAGAAAGGCCUUUAUCCCAGCUUGUUUGGUUAG